ACUAUGAUUCUCCUAAUUAUAAUUAGAUGUGGGAAUAAAAUAUAUAUCCGAAAGAGUUAUCACACCGUAAAAUAAACAGCAGGACUGCGGCAUAACAACUGUUGCUUCUUGUUCAAGCGGUAGCUUGACAGCAGCUACAUUUACAACCUGUUUGAAAAACGUAAACGGAUUCUGCGGCAUUGGCGGCCAUUUCUGUGUUUGUUGGCGUUUGUUUUUCAAAUUAUAAAGAAAGAUUACUGUGUUUUGGUACGAUGGCACCAAGAAAAAAGACUGCAAAAGUAAAACCACCAGCCAAACGGAACAUUCCUAAUGCGUCCUCAGAAGAAACGGGAAGGGCCGAAGGAAAGAAAGAUUACCGCGCCCUUCGAACAGCUGAGGAGCUUCGCGAUGUAAUGGGUGCAGAAUCGGACGAUUCCCUAAGCAAUAGCGAGAAUGAAUCUUUCCGCAACAAUACGAAUCAAUCGCGCCCGAAUUUCUCUUUCCUACCGUCCCACAAACACUCCAGCCCGAAUAAAAACUACAGCCCGAAACGGACCAACGUUGGUUCAGCUCAUCGACUCGCCAGCAUGCCCACCGUGCCCAAUACAGAUCACGAGGAAACCUCUUCGACUGCCAGCACUAGCGCAACUCGUAAAACACCACGCAAAUCAUCAGCAGCCAGAGAAACGGUCCAACCGAGCACUUCAAGACAACCGCACAUACGGAAACAGAAAAUACCCGGCCAACUGAAGGUUCUUAAGGAUAUAAUAAACCUUCAAAGUACGGUUCAUAAUCUGAUUCCAAGGCUGUGUUUUGGACGCGUGAUUCGCGAGAUCUUAUCCGAGUAUUCGAACCGCUCGCUGAAGGUAACUCCAGAUAUGCUGCUUUGUUUGCAGGAAGCGUCGGAAAUAUAUUUGGUACAGCUGUUCGAGGACGCCUAUCGGUGUACGCUUCACCGGGACCGUGUAACGCUUAUUCCCAAAGACAUGCAACUAGCUUUCAUGCUUCGGCGCAAUUAA